ACACAAUUCAAUCCUGAACUUCCUUGCCAAUACCUUGCAAAGUGUGAACGGUUCUGCCCUCUACGCUGAUGUGCCUGGAUUCAAAAAUCCUUCAAUAAUAACUGGUGAUACGUAUCGCCCGGAUUUGUUGCUAUCGUUAUCAAAUGGCUCUCUUUAUGUGAUCGAGCUCACUGUUGGCUAUGAGACAAACCUCAAGAACAACGUUAAUCGGAAAAAAGCCAAAUAUAAAGAACUAGUAAAACAACUAGACGAAAAUUUUAACGAAGUAAACUUUAUAAAUCUUUCUAUGAGCUCCCUAGGUAUUUUUGCGCAAGAAUGCUCUACAUUCUUAGAAAUGUUAGGAAAUGUUGGUCUGGACAAAAACUACCAAAC